AUGUGUAUUGCAGGAUUGCAUGUCACCACUGCACCGUGCUCCCAUCGGUGGUAUGAACUGAUUAAGCCUUGCAACCAAUCCAGCGAUCUCGCCAAUUGUCCCGAGCGCCUCCGUCUACAGGGCUGGGAAACCCGCCACGAGGGAAUCUGUCCAUGGUGUACUGGAAGUGAGCCUCAUCUCGCUACUCACCGGCUCUUCGGUAGCACUUCGUCCGCCAGUUCAGUCGCAUCGUCUCCAUCCGACUCCGCACCUCCCGGUCGCAGCAGUCGACGAGGCAGUGUCAACACCCUCAAUGGACUCACUCUCGGCCCAUUAUCGAGACAGAGCAGCACCAGCAGCGUCAUGGAGUUUGAACGUGCGCAACGUUCAAAAGACAUGAAUGACCGGAUUCACGCAUACCUCUGUUCAGACCUCCAUGAGGUGUUGCCCAGCGCGAAGAAGUACUAUCCCACCUACGCCAGCAUCCUCGAAACGGGAGACGAUGACAACACUGCUUCAUCCAACACCUCACUUCGAAGAUUCAACAGCCAACGAAGCACAUUCACCCGCGGCUGGAAACGCAUGUCCUCGAGGCUUUUUGUCAAGCCCGUCUGA